AUGGUCAGUAAUCCGAGUGCAGCUAGUGUGUUCAAUAUACUUGCCAAUCAUGCUAGGUUUGCUAGAACCGAAAUGGAUGCAGUUGUACCACAAGCUACAUAUUUAACUAUCCUCCGAGACCCAAUUGCAAGGUUUGAAUCAGUGUUUGGAUAUUAUAAAAUGGACAAACAAUUAAAGUUGGAUAAACAUCCCAAUCCGAUUGAGGCAUUUUUAGAAAACCCUGAUUACUAUUUUAACAAGCGCCCAUUCAUGUACAUUCAACUAAAAAAUGGAAUGAUGUAUUCACUUGGACUUGAUCACCAUUUCCAUGACAAUACAACUCGUGUGUUGGAGAAGAUUGAACAGCUUGAUAGAGAAUUUGAUCUUUUUAUGAUGACUGAAUACUUUGACGAAUCUCUUGUGUUGAUGAAACAGAUACUUUGUUGGGAUACCGAUAGUAUGAUGUAUCUCCCCAAAGGAUUGCGUAAAGAAUCUCGACGAUUUAACCUCACUGAUGAGAUGAAGGCCAAAAUCAGGGCUUGGAAUGCAGCAGACGUCAUGCUUUAUAACCAUUUUAACCAAACAUUUUGGAGAAAGGUACAAGAAUAUGGGAACAAUUUUCAGGAAGAUCUACAUACCAUGCAGAAAUCGGUGAAGCAAGUGUAUGAAACAUGCAUUGAUGCAGAUGGCAGUUCACGUGGACGGCGCGAUCCAAGAGAAAGAUUUCUGGCUUUGCAUAAGAACGCCAGUAAAUAUUGUCACCUUCUAAAUGAACGACUUGAUUAUUUCGUAAACAUUGCCAGGGUCAGACAAGACACUCCAUCUACACACAAGGGUAGACCCUUCUGUAAAGAUACAACACCUCUACUCAAGGUACAAAAAAACUAA